AUGGUGGAAUUGACUGCCAUUAACAAGCAGUUCUUGUGUGUCCUCCCUACCUUAAGCUCUUCUGGCCAUUCACUUUAUGACCCGCCACUUCCUACGCUUCCGUUUGAUUUGGUGGCAGAGAUCCUGUGUAGGCUACCUGUGAAGCUCCUCCUUCAGCUCCGAUGCUUCUGCAAGUCAUGGAAUUCUUUAAUCACCGAUCACAAAUUCGCCAAGAAGCACCUCAGCUUGUCAACCACACGCUGCCUUCACUGCGUAAGCUACACUGGGUUCCCCUAUCUGUACGUUCUCAAGUCUUACCCACUCGGGCCCGUUCUCAACAACUUAACCACCAACAUCACAGAGUAUGAGUAUUCUCCGUAUAAUAUUCAUGGAGAUCAUCCUAGGUUAUGUGUAGAUUGCUUCGUUGGCUCCUGCAAUGGCAUACUUUGUUUUACUGCUGGUAUUUAUAAAAUCUCUGUCAUAUUAUGGAACCCUUCCAUUAGAAAAAUUAAGGAGUUUCCCCUAUUUCAAAAGCCAAAUUGGAGUUUCACUCACAUGGCGUUUGGCUUUGGCUAUGAUUCUUUUAAUGAUAAUUACAAAGUGGUUGUUGUUUUGCAAGGUCUUAUACAAGAUAGUAGUGGUAAUAUUGCAUGCAAGACAGAAGUGAAGGUUCAUACAUCUAUUACCAAUUGUUGGAAAAACAUUCAGGAGUUUACUUUUGGUAGUAUCCUUCCUGAGCAAUCAGGUAAAUUUGUGAGUGACACAAUUAAUUGGUUGGCCGUUAUUGAUUUUGAUGGGAGAAGUCCACGCUUUAUUAUUUCUUUUGAUUUGGAGAAAGAGUCUUAUCAAAAGGUAUUGCUUCCUGAUUCUGGGGGGGUAAAUGUGUGUAACUUCUUGGCCUUGUUUGUGUUGAGGGAUUGUUUGUGCGUGACUUAUGGUGAUAGUGAUUUUGAUUCGGUUCUGAAGGAUGUUUGGAUUAUGAAGGAGUAUGGAAAUAAAGAUUCUUGGACUAAAUUGUUCACUCUUUCUUGCAGGGUAGAUCGAGGUGUAUCUCAUAUUUCUGCCAAGCCGGUAUAUUUAUUUGAGGAUGAUCAAGUGUUGUUGAAGUUGACAGGGGCGUUUAAUUCGUUUGUUUACGAUUCCAGGAGUGGUACUUUAAAGUCUAGUGAUUUUCAAAACAUCUUAGGAGUCUCUGUUGAGAGUUUAAUAUCACCUUGUUCUUAAUGCUAGAUGUAGAUGUAGCAAUAUGCCACUCGAGCAUGAGAUUUAACUGAUGACUUCUAUGACUUCUUGGAUUUUUGUUAGCUAAUGGUUGGUUGUUGACCUUGCA